UUUCCGUUUGUCCUCUCCGUGUUAGCCCUAUGGCGUUAGCUAGAAGCGAGCAUCAUAUUUGUCACUCGUCUCGUUUUACCUCCUGACUGCGAGAUCCCUUCAGCACUUGGCGGGUCAGCGCGAUCACGUCCCCGCUACAGGAGCCCACUUUAUCGGAUAAGAGCCCUUUGACAGACUGGCCAAACCGCGGCUGGGACUCAGCUGACGCCAUUUUCUGUUUUCUGUUUUGGUUAGUGAUGGAUGGUGCGUCGCCAGGGUCAAAAUUCAUAGCAACGCGUCCCCCUUUACAGAUGUGUCACAUAAUUCAACAUUUUUAACGCGUACAAAUUGGCGCAAACAGAGAGACAGAACUGCGAUUUUUGGUAAUUAGUAGUCAAUAAAUGAAUUAAAAGUGAUUUGUACUUCAUUAUCACAUGCAAAUGCAUGUGAUAAUCAAAUGAUAAAUAUCAAGAUCCCUGUAAACCGUCACAGUUUGACUCCUUAUGUAAAGUACUAAACUGCUGGAGUCAACAUUUUACUUUAAGUAGUCUACAAAUACAGAGGUGUUAUCAGUCAAAUGUCAUUUGCUUUCAUAAGUGAAGGACUCAAGAUUGCCCCUUGGUGUUGCAUAAUUGUAUAAUUAUAUUACUGUGUUGUUUUUGUAUGUUACUUUAUAAGCUGCUUAAUGUAUACCAGUGUAUCAUUUUUUAUAAACGGAAUGUAUAUUUUGUGUAUAAUGUUUAUCUGCAAAAUGAGCAAUAACUGUCAGAGUAAUGGCAUUGGGGUGGAAAUGUUAAGUUUCAGAAAAUGUAGUAUCUCAAAACUGUACUUCAAUACAGUAAUGCACUCAGUUACUUUCCAACACUUCUGACUUUCACCAUGUCCAUUUCUUUGUGUCGUUAUGGCAAGGAUUCAAUGAAUCAUCUUAUCUUGUUUGAAUUGGCCCAGCCUUAAACAUGCCGAUUCAAGGAUUUGGCAUUGAAGGAGCUGUAUAAAUGUAGGGCCCUGCAGAGCUCCUCUCUGCUCGGCCUCCGCUGGAUCAGACCCCUCUCUCAGGACCCCUUUGCAAUGGAUAUGACUUGGUUUCUGUGUCUGUGUGUGUUUCUGGCCGUGGGCCUGGCUUUGUUGGCACUGCAGUUGAAGCUCAGGGUGUUGGCGCAUGGCCCCCGGGAGCCCCCCCACCUCCCAGCACUCCCACUCAUCGGCAGUCUGCUGAGUUUGUGGAGCCCGCACCCUCCUCAUGUGCUCUUCAAAGAACUGCAGGGGAAAUACGGACCGACGUACUCUCUGAUGAUGGGCUCCCACUGUGUCAUCGUUGUCAACCAGCACGCGCACGCUAAGCAAGUCCUGCUGAAGAAGGGAAAGAUAUUUGCAGGAAGACCCAGAACUGUAACCACAGAUGUUCUGACCAGAGAUGGGAAAGACAUCGCAUUUGGAGACUACAGCACCACGUGGAGAUUCCACAGGAAGAUAGUCCACGGAGCUCUGUGCAUGUUUGGAGAGGGCUCUGCCUCCAUUGAGAAGAUCAUCCAUUCAGAGGCCCAGUCUCUGUGCUCCGUCCUGUCCGAGGCAGCGGCUGCUGGACUGGCCCUGGAUCUGUCUCCAGAGCUGACUCGGGCCGUCACUAACGUCAUCUGUUCGCUCUGCUUCAACUCCUCCUACCGCCGAGGGGACCAGGAGUUCGAGGCCAUGCUGCGCUACAGCCAGGGCAUCGUGGACACCGUGGCAAAGGACAGCCUGGUGGACAUCUUCCCCUGGUUACAGAUCUUUCCUAAUGCGGACCUGCAGCUCCUAAAACAGUGUGUUUCAACCAGAGACCAACUUCUGCAGAAGAAAUAUGAUGAACACAAGGCAGACUACAGUGAUCAUGUGCAGAGGGACCUACUGGACGCUCUGCUGAGAGCCAAACGCAGCGCUGAGAACAACAACACGGCAGAGUUCAGCGCGGAGUCCGUGGGCCUGAGCGACGACCACCUCCUCAUGACUGUGGGGGACAUCUUUGGUGCCGGAGUGGAAACCACCACCACCGUGCUCAAAUGGGCCAUCGCCUACCUCAUCCAUCACCCGCAGGUACAGAGGCGUAUCCAGGAGGAACUGGACAGCAAGGUGGGGGGGGACAGGUGCCCCCAGCUCAGUGACAGAGGCAGUCUGCCCUACCUGGAGGCCACCAUCAGGGAGGUGAUACGGAUCCGCCCUGUGGCCCCUCUACUCAUCCCCCAUGUUGCCCUCAGUGACACCAGCAUCGGGGACUUCACAGUGAAGAAAGGAUCUCGAGUCAUCAUCAACCUGUGGUCCCUGCACCACGAUGAGAAGGAAUGGAAAAGCCCUGAGCUCUUUGACCCCGGUCGGUUCUUGAACAGUGAAGGCACAGGUCUGAUCAUCCCGUCCUCCAGCUACCUGCCUUUUGGUGCCGGGGUUAGGGUGUGUCUGGGCGAGGCCUUGGCCAAGAUGGAGCUCUUCCUCUUCCUGUCAUGGAUCCUACAGCACUUCACCCUCUCUGUCCCACCAGGCCACUCCCUGCCCAGUCUGGAGGGCAAGUUUGGUGUGGUCCUCCAGCCAGCCAGGUACAAGGUGAACGCCAAGCCUAGACCGGGCUGGGAGAGCAACAAGUGCAAGCCGUGUUGAGACUGGCCGCAUGUUCUUGGCUACAUUGGCUCUCAUUUGUGCCCUGAGAGUCUGCAUGCAGGCAGAUGAUCAUAAGGCAGUGAACUGGACAUAACAUGACAUCUCUUUGGUUGUAUGACAUUUAUUAUUAUUUCUUCUCAAUGUAGCACAAUCUCAACGAACACUUCGAUAUAUUUAUAAAUACAAUUUAAGGUCUAAUAUACAGUAUUUGAACAAGUUAUUUCUGCUGCAAUGGCAUACUUCAUAGUAAUAGGAGACACACUCUCUAUUGACAUAAUUGACCCUUUGCUCAGAGGGAAAUUCUUAGUCUAAGUACUAACACAUCAGUUGACAAAUUGAUUAGUUGAUUUGAAAGAUAUAUCUGUAAAACUGAGUUUCUCCAGUCAUUCAGCAUGAAAAAGGUAUAAAAACAUGACUAAUCAACUAAGAGCAAUACAACCGAUUAGGUGACUAAUCGGUCAACUCACCCCCCCCCCCCCCCUCCUCUGUAUAUGUGUCCCCAUCAAUGUUGAAGUGAAACUUGCGCUAUUGAAUUUAAUUGUACUUUUCUUCAAAGUUAUAAAAACAAACAAUGUCAUGAUUUUGAAAGUUUUCUCGACAUUCACAAAUUGUUCUGUGGUAUUUCCACCAUUUAACCCUCAUCCUACCAACAUAUUAUAGCAAAAUGUUAACUUAUUUAUUUUUAAAACAUUAUCAGUUGUCAUCUGAAGAACAAAACUGAUUAUUAUC